ACUCAGCAUUGCCUUCUUAAUUGUUCUAUUAUGCGGAAUCUGUUUGUAUGCUGCUUUACUGCUAGUUGAGAAGCUGAGAAACAUGUAUCCAAUUAACUAUGUUAUAUUGGGGUUGGUGGUUGUUUUACUGUUUGUCGGUGCGGGAUAUGUUUAUAGUGGCCCAGUACCUCUUGGUGUCUCAAUUGGUGUAACCCUUGUGGUCUCAGUGAUAAUAAUAUUUACCUGUUGGAAUUUGAAUAAUCUGACAGCGAAGGGAUUCAACGUAUUCGCUACAGUAGCAGCUGGACUUGCUUUCGUGGGAUUUCUUCUCCUUAUCCUCAAGGCGAUAUAUAAAACG